AUCGGAAAAGGAGAAGAGGGAAAGGCUAAGAAGACCCUUCUGUAUUUACUUGGAUAAAAAAUGGACGACGAUUUUGAAGAAGUCGGCGGUCGAUUUCGAAGGUUUCGACGACGACUUAAGAAGGAUUGGAGCCAGCUGUGGAGUGAUUUGAGUGAUCCCAAACAAAUGAGGUUUCCUUGGCCGAUAAAUACACCGUUAGAGGUGUACGAACAAGUUGGAGCUGAACGAUUCGAUCCUUCAUCCCAUCGAUACCAAAUGCCUUUUUUCUGGAAAACUCUCGCAGUUCCAGGAACGCCUUCUUGGGCAUUGCUAGUGUGUAUAAUCGAGUCAACUUUUGCACUGAUAUGCUUUUUGGCAGUAAUGCUCCAUUAUGCAAUAUUCCUCCCCUGGUGUGAAGUCUAUUCAAAACCUCUGAUGGUUUUCUUUUUAACUGCUCUACAAUAUGCAAUUUUUUAUUCGUUCAAAGUAAUAUUCAUGAUCUCAAUUGUGGAACGGAACGCACGUCUUCUGCGUCUUCAACUAUUUUUCCAAUAUGCCACGUGUGUAUUUCUUCUGCUUGAUGCCGCUUUUGCACUGGCUGCUGAUUUUGGAGGCUAUAACGAAGAGCUUAUCUAUUGUAACAAGAAUCCAUUGCUGAUUCGAUUCGUUGCAAUCAUAUCAUUGAUAUUUUUAUUCGUGCAAAUGUUCUUGCGAAUUAUUACAGUUCAAGUGUACAAUUUUAUGUGGGAUGUCAGGAAGUUUCGAAAAUCGCUGAACAAUUCAAAAUGGAGGUACAGAAAAAGAGUUCACUUCACAUAUUGUUCCAUUAUGCAAGAAGAUUUUAAAAAUGAACGACUACAAAAUAAAACAAAAAGCGUAGAGAGUCGAUUUCGAGAUGGACAAGAAGAGAUUUUAAAGCAGAUUCAGAGGAAGCAGAAUGUCACGAAUAUCAGUAUUGCACCUGAUGAACCAUUUGAUGAAGCACAGUUGCCUCAAAAUGCUCGAUCUAUUUCGACACUAUCAACAACUCCUUCAAACUCAGCAACGGUGUCUUCUCCACUUGGUAAAAGGAAGCACCAUACAGUAUCAGUAUCAUCCAAAAAGAUGAGAGACAAUGAGGGGAAGAAGGUUAAAGUUUCAAGAAGAAAGCCAGGUGGAAUCAAAGUUCAGCUUGAAGUUGACUACGAGACGGCUCGCUUAUUGUUCAGCCCGAAGAAAAACGGGCGAAUACCGAAUGUCAGUGUCGAAGAGGUGGAUAUGGAGUUUGAUGAGGACGAUGAUUCACAUCCAGAAGAACACGAACCAUUGGUUUAAUCAGUCGUCAGAUCUUUCAUAGCUGCUCACUAUCCAGAAAAGAAGCUUUCAUAUUUGUUUUGAGAAUAGUGUCCCCCUCUAAAAAAAUAAUUCCGUUACGAGUAUCUGAAGAACAAUCCCCCAUCCCUUGGUCUCAUUCGAGUACAACAAAUUGAACAAAAAUGUGUUUAUUUGUAAAUUUGAACUCGUAUUUAUAAAGCUGUCAACCGAUUCUU